AAAUUCGGAAAAUUCAGCUUUCCAGGCCGGCAUUUCUAGUAAUUUUUGGUUUUGAUGCAACUGUUGGCAAGAGCCGCUUAACUGUCAAAUUAUGGCACUGCCAAAAUAAUCUAACCUAUGAAAAUGUCAGGGUUAGUGAGACGGUUCUAUCCGUUUAAAAUUAAUAGUGUGCGUAAUUUUUUAUCCCGAAAUUAUUCAAAACCUGUAAUUAAACCUUUGGAGCACAUAAAACCGGAAUUAAUUAUCACUGACACUUGCGUCGAGCGUUUGAAAAAUAUCAGUAAAAAUUCGGAUGAGUUCUUAAGAGUGAGUGUAGAUGGGGGCGGUUGCUCGGGCUUCCAGUAUAAAUUUGACCUAGACUCGAAAAUUAAUGAAGACGAUAAAAUAUUUGAAAAAAAUGGAGCUAAAGUUGUGAUUGAUGAAACGUCAUUGGACUUUGUUAGAGGAGCGACGGUCGACUACCGGGAAGAACUAAUUAAAUCUUCCUUCAGGAUUGUCAAUAACCCGUUAGCUGAGCAAGGGUGUUCCUGUGGGUCGUCUUUUGCUGUCAGACUGGAUUAAACAGAUUAGUGCAAUAACUGUAUUAGACUUUUUUGCAAAUAUGUAAAUAAAUACAGGUCGAUUAAACAAACCGCAUAAUUUAUACAGAGUAAAUAAUGUAAAUAAAUUAUUAAAUUAAA